GAGUUUAAAGAUGUUAUGCUCGGUAAUUGCUGGUGUUUUUCCAAACCGGUUGAGUGCUGUCAAAAGUUUCAUUUCAAAACCAAAGAUUCUAUCGAUUUCAACUCGAAAAUGUCUCUCAUUUUACGACGAAAAACAAAGCUGAUUGCUUCGGCAAUAGCGCAAUUUAGGUCUGCACAAUACAGUGUACGUGUUAGUCACUUACCGGUGAGAUGUCUUGAUCAACAAAUCGUACAUUCGGCUUGUUUGCCCCAUCGCACCUAUUGUACUCCACCAAGAACCGAUCCUCUUGGUUCGGCUCUACUAGAUUUGGUAGUUUAUGAGGCCGUUUGUUCAGAUACGCUAGAAGGACUUUGCGAAUAUUUUGAUGAUUUGGUCGAAAGUACACCGCAUCUAAAGUCUGCCGAUGUCAAUUACAGCGACGGAGUUUUGACAGUAAAUCUUGGUAACACUCAUGGUACAUAUGUGAUUAAUCGUCAAUCGCCGAAUCGACAGAUCUGGUUGAGCUCACCAACUAGCGGACCAAAGCGAUAUGAUUUUGUGCCAUCGAAUAAAGAUGCGAGCGAAGGCUAUUGGCUGUACAAGCACGAUGGUAUUACGUUGCACGAACUGCUCCAAAAGGAGAUUCGAUUGAUCGUUAAACGAGAGGUGGAAUUUUUGAAUCUUCCGAAUGGCCGCAGGACUUAGCGUAUUUUCUACUGACAAAUUGUUUUCGUUGUCGAUUUCGAUUCUGUAUUUAUUUUCUAUUAAAAGAAGGGAGACAAUUUGA